AAACCUACAUAAUGUCGCAAACCGAAAGAAGAGAAAUAUGUUACUUAAGAUGUAUAAUAAACUCUGGAAAAUUAGAAUUUACUUGGUCAAUAAUUACACCAUCUACAUCGGACUGGAUUGGAUUAUAUGAAGACGAUAGCAAAUCAAAUAGAGAAUGGCUCGGUGGGCAUUGGUUCUAUAUAAGGAAUCAUAGCAACCGUUCGACUCUUCCUGACGGUCGAUAUGUAUAUUCUGGAAGUCAUUGGAUUGGAAUUGUUUCUGGAAUGAAUCAGAUCAGGCUAAACACCUAUGAAGUUUACGGAGAAUAUAAAACUUAUUCAUAUGCCAAUGUAUACAAUCCUGUAUUUAUGUACUUUGAUA